UUAUAUGUUAUGUGAAAGUACAGAGCAAUCGCAACUUGUUUUUCGCUUAAGUCUUUCAUUUUUUAUUGGUGUUGUGUGGAUUUUGAUUGCUUUUUGUUCGUUUUUUAUUAUUUCAUUUUGUGUAUCAACGGUGGUGGUGGAAGUGGAAACGGUUAUUGCCAAUCCCCAUUAUAAUUUUGAAACUAAAAGUGAAAUCAAAUAGCAUUGGAUACAGCUGAAAAAUUUUUAUAAUUUUUAAAUUAUUUUUUUUUUGUUUUUUUUUUUUAAUAAUUUUAAAAUUAUUCAAAAUAUUUAAAAAAAAUAACAUAAAAUAGAAAAUAUAUAAUUUUUAAUAAAAAUAUUUUUAAAAACGUCCAAUAUAUUUUAAAAUAUACAAAAAAAUAGUUUAAAUAUUAAAAUAUUACUGUUAUUUUUUAUAUAAUACACGUUAAAAAAUAUAAAAAAAUAAAAAAGAAGCAAAAUUGGAUAAUACGAAAUACCACAUAAUUUUAGUGAAUUGGUUAAGACGCCAGUAAAAAUUUAUGUAUUCAAACCAUAUUCGAAAUUAAAGUUGGUAAUAAAAAAAAACCUUCAACGUAUACAAAAAUGAAAAAAUAAUAAGCAUAUAUGUAAAUGUGUAGAUUUGUGAAUACUUAUAACGAAUGUGAAUAAAUAUUAAAUCUAUUUGUGACAAAAUAACAAAAAAAAAAAGAAUACAUAAUUUAUAUGUACGUAUAUACAUACGCAUAUACAUACAGCUAUAUAGUGUCAAUAUUUUCUGAAACAUUUGAAAAAACACAAAAAGUUUACCUAAAAUCUUAUAAAAAAUUUUGCAUUUACAUAUAGGUCCACUUUUUUAGUGUAUUAAAAUUAUUACCGAAUAUGGUUUCUAGACGUAAAAUUUUAUCUCGAUCUAAAGAUGAUCUAAAUUUAGAUCCAGUUAGCAUUACUGGACAACCAGAAGAUGAAGAAGAUGUGUGGUAUCAUAAAGAAAAAUUAUUCAAAGAGCAUAUUCAAGAAGUGCUUGAGAAAUGGUCCCAAAUUGAUGAUGAAAUAUGGGCUAAAGUGAUUGUAUUUGAAAAAAAUCGUCGUUUAGCUAAAGCAUAUGUUCGUGCUCCUGUGUUAACGGUUAACGGGUCUGACGAUGGCUUCGAUGGUAUGCGUAUCGGUUUGUGCGGUUUCGAUAAUCCAAAUCGCGACUCAAAAACCGAGGAAUUAAAACGUCAUAUUGAACGCGGUGUUAAAAUUAAAAUGGAUGAUGCUGGUAAUAUUUUAAUUAGACGUUAUGCGCGCAGCAAUGUUUAUGUCAAAAGUACUGCAUUAGGACCAAAUGAAGAAACAUCAAUUGGAGCUGAUGUUGUUAGUUUACCAAAUCAAGCAUUAGAAAUUGAUAAAAUAGUUAAACUAUUCGAUAUGAAAAAAUUUCAAUCAAAUGUUAAUCGUGAAUUAAGACGUGCAUAUCCAGAUCGUAGACGUUUAGAAACACAAUGCUUAUCAGUUGUUACAUUUGUACGUUCAGAAAAUGAAAUAUUAGAAUGCCCAAUAUGGAUAUUAGUUAUAAAUGUUGUUGCCAUGGAUAUGUUAAAAACUAAAUUGCCAACGGUGCAACGUCCAUUUUUAGAUAUUAAAAAUCGACCAAAAAUACCUAUUCCUGAUGAAGAUCCAUAUAGUAUAGCUGGUAAUGGUAGUAACUCUUUGAAUAUCAGCAAUAAUAAUAGAUUUAUUAGUUUAAAUGGUAAUAAUGGACAUGUUGCCGCUGCUAAAGAACAGUUAUUAUUGCAAAGCCAACAGGAUGCCCGCAAACGUAGUGAAAAACCCCCAAAAUUACCACCACGUGAUAAUAUAUACCCACAUGAAAUACCAAAACCAGAUUACGAUGAUUUGUCGCCAUCAUCAAUUGUAUCAAGUGUUAAUAAUGGCAUACCGUUGCCUUCAUUGACACCUUCAUCAACAACAACAACAACAACAUCAUCAUCUUCAUCCUCAUUAAUACAUCACCAUCCCCCCAAUAGUAAUGACAAAAAAGCCAAAGAUAAAAACGACAAAAAUAAAGACAAAAAAGAUAGGAAAUAUGAUGAUCCAUAUUAUUGUGGUUUAAGAGCACGUGUUCCAAAUUUUGUAAAAAUGGCGAAACCAUUUCGGAAUAAUCCAUCAAAUAGUGGCGGUAGCAACAAUGUUAGUGACAAAGAAAAAUUAUUAGAUCAACAAUCACUAUUAUCUGCUAAACAGCAACAUUUACAGCAACAACAACAUAUAAUAUCAAAAAGAACAUCUGUUAGUCAUAUACCGACUGGUUCAUCAUUUAACCCAUUAAAAUUACAUCAUUCACAUUCACAUCCACAUCAUAUGGCUGCAAGUCAUUAUCAUUUGUACCAACAACAUCAACAGCAACAUCAAUUGCAUCAACAUCAACAACAAAUGAUGUGGCGUACAAAAAGUUUUGAAAGUGGAAUCGAUUCUGAUUUUCAUGAGUCCCCUUAUACUCAUUUAUAUGGUGGACGUGUGCCAUUACCAACAAGAGGAUAUAUACCGACUCCACGUAAUAUGUAUAUUGGUGAAUGGGACUAGAUUUUAUUUUAGUGUUUUCUUCUAUUGAUACACACAUUGUACUUUUUAUUUCAUUUAUAUUUAAUAACAAUUUUUAUAUUUUUUAGAUUGAAAUAGAAAACAAAAUAAUCAAUUUUCGGCUGUAAAAAAUUUAGAAAAAAAAUUACUAUAUUUUUGCCCAAUAUUAUAAAUUUUAUAUAUAGAAACCUUUUAUAAAUUUAUUUAAAAACAAAAAAAUUUAAAUAUUAAAAGUAGUUUAGAAAAAAAAUUAAUAUAUAUUGUUAUUAAUGGAUUUUUAUUCAAAAAAAUUUAAAAAAGAGAAUACAAAUUUGAUAAAGAGGUUUUUAAAAAAAAGUUUGCUUACAACUACAUAUGCAUGUACAUAAAUUGUGAUACUAUAUAUAACUUUAAAUAAAAAAAAAUUCUUGUUACGAAUUCAAAUAAUUGUAAGUUAUUAUUGACUUUCAAAUCACGUUUAAAUGUGGAAAAUAUAAUAAAAACCAAUUUCUUCUUCAGAAUUUGUUUUAACGGAGUUGAAUUGAAUAUUAUUAUUUAACCAAGGGUGCGUUCAACUUUCAGUUUGACUUAAAGAAUGAAUCAAAAUACACGCUUAAUGUUUCUUAUGAUUUAAUAACUUUCAUGUGUUUAAAUGAUAUCAUUUUCUGUAAAGAACCUACUUAGUAAAUACUAUUGAAAACUAACUUGUUUUAACAUAGCUUUUUUUUAAUUUUUCUAGUUCGUACAUAUAUUCAAAUGAUGUCACUUUGACUGAGUGAAAAUAGAAAAAAAUUAAUGUUCUUUUCAUAAUCAAUUGAAUAUUUUGAAUAGAGUAACAAACAACAUCUAUUUAUGCUGUUCUAUAUUUUGAAAUGAAAAUGUAUCAUACAUUUCUUACACCAUAGCUCAUAAUUAAAUUUUUUAAUAAAAAUUUUAUCAUAGUUUGAUUAAUAUAUCAUUUCUUUCAGAAAUGUUUGCGCAUUCUUGAGGCUAAAAAAAUUAAGUUUUUCAAUAAACACAAUAGAAGAAAAUAGUUUUUUUUGUAGGUUUUGUUUUUUGAAUAAAAAUCCAUUGAAAUUAAAUAAUUUUUUAUUCCUUUAGCCAUUUUUUUAGCUAAUGUAAGUUUGCAGAGAGAGAGAGAAUACAGGUAUACUAUACAAUAUGUACACUAUACAAUAUCGACUUGAUAAAAUUAUAUUAUGGAAUUUUAACAUAUUACUUUAACGUGAAAAAUAGCAAUAAAAGUAAUAAAUUUAAAACGUAUAAAAAGAAAGCACAAUAGUCAUAUCAAAUUAUAGUAAAAAUUGUUAUUUUCUUUAAUUGAAUUGUAAUAACAAUAUAUGUAUAUAUGAAGGUAUAAUUUUUAAGAAAAUUUAAUAACACAAUAGAGAAAAAACAAAUACUGUUUUUUCGAUCAUAGUUUUGUUAAAAAACUUUAUUGCAUAUGGCAAAUUAAGUCUUGAAAAUAAAAAAUAUAAUAUUACUAUAUUUGUAUACAUGUUAAUUUACAUAAACGCUAUAAUAUGUAUGCAUGAAUGUGUAGUUACACAUUCAUAUGUUCAUAUGUAUUAUAAUUACAUUAAUUUUUAUGUCAAUAAAUAGGAAGUUGAUAAAGAAAUAACAGGAAUUUUUUAAUUUAACGGGCUUUUUUAUUUUAUUCACAGCAAUUUAAUUUAUUGAUUUAAAAACUUCUGAUAUAUACUAAUGUUUAAUCAUUAUAAAUGCAUGACUUAACAUUUGGACUCCAAACUUGAAAAGGUUUAUGUGCCUUUUUGUACCUACAGUUAACCAAUAAUACAGUUACCUAAAUACUCGAUUUAUAAACAAGUAUAAUUACUUUUUAAAUUUAUGCUUAGGCUAGAUUUGUAUGUAGUUCAUAUGUGAUUUUAAGUAUAUUGUCUAUUUUGUUUAACUCAUUUCUUUGGUUUAUUCAAAUUUUAUAUUUACACGUUAACAUUUUUUGUUAAGCAAAGCAACAUGCACUUAUAUUCAAGAAUUUCUAAUUGUUACAUUUUCGUUUGUUUUUUCCCUUGUGUUUUCCUUUAGUUUUUAUUUGAAUUAUAUUAAAAUUAGAAGAAAAAUUUUUGAAGAACAUGCAUACUUAUAUUUAGAAUGAAACAUACUUGCUUAGUGUAUGAUAUUUAUAAGUAAAUUUUUAAUUAUAAUUUUGUUUUUUAGGUUUUAUGAAAAUGCUUUUUUAUUACUCAGGCGUGUAUGUAUAUAAAACUUGAACAAAUAUCGAAGAGAUUCUUUUCUUUAAAAUAUAUAUAAUUUGUCUUUUUUUGGCAAAUUGAAAAUUCGAUGCUUUUAAACACUUUUGUUUUUUUUUGUUCCUUAUUGUAUGACGCAAUUAAGAUUUUAUUACGAAAAUUAUUUUGAGUUCAGUUUUAAAUGCAUUCUUUAGUGAAUUCAAAAGGUAUUCAAAAUGCAUGUGCAAAUGUUAAAUCAAUAAAAUAAAUUUAUAAAAUAUAUAACAUGUAAUAUACGUAAGGAUAUGAAAUUUUUAAUAAGUAAUAAGUAAAUACAUAAUGAAAUUAAAACAUAAACAAAAACUUUAAUUUCAAUAAAAAAGUAAUUGAAUUUAAAUCUGUUUAAUAAACUGUAUGCUUAAUAUGGCAGUAAGUCGAAUCAUGCAAUUAUCACUACAAAAAAUAUUAUACAAAUUAUGCACAUAUAUGUAUAUACAUAAGUAAAAAAUAAAAGAAUUAUUACAUUGCGUAUAAAACAUUUUUAAGCUUAAAGUAAAAAUUCUUUUCAAAUUAUAUAUUAUUCAUUUCUUAUAAAAUAAAAUCACGAUCAAAAAUUUUUUAGUAUUUAGAUCCUUAAUAUGCUUGCACAUGCAUAAAUACGUAUGUAUGUACAUACAUAUUAUGUAUGUACCUUAUUAUAGCAUUUUUCCACUUCGCCAUAAAUUUGUUGAAUAGAGGCAUUACUUGAUCCUGUAUUCAUAUACAUAUGUAUGUACAUAAAUGCAUAUGAAUGUUUUUUUUACUUAUUAUAAUUAACUGCCUAAACAUAUAUUAUAUAAUUACAGCAAAAUCUAAAAAUAAAUAUCUCAAAUAAAUAAAAAUUAAACAACAACUUUUGAAUGUAUUAAAAUAAAAAAUAUUAGAAACAAAAGAUUGAUUUUAAAGAAACAUUAAAUCUAUAAUUUAAGAAAAAAAAAAAAUAAACAUAAAUCACAUUAUGUA